GGCGCGCAUGCGCGACUUCUUCUAUCCCCAGCUGACAUCAACCUCAAGAACUGAUGGCACAGGAGAAUCGUGCAGUAGGCAAAGUGGACAGGAUUGUUCUUGGUCACCUGGCAGCCAUGCACAUGCAGGGCUGCACACACAUGACUCUUCUCCAGAGGUCCAGCACCAGUAUCAACAGGGGCAACAGCAAAAGUUACAACAGCAGCUGCAGCCGCAGCCACAGCAAGAGCAGCAGCAAUUACAGCAGGACCAAGCAUUUUUGGAGGAUGAUGGUAUCAAUAAUUCAAAACCACAGACUGCAGAUAUAUCACAAGAUACUGAGCAUGAGACAAAACACAGUAUAAUGCAACCAAACAUAUGGUUUCCUCAACCAGUAGAAACAAAGAUGUCACCUGAUUCUGGUUUCAUGUCACCUUCACCAUUCAGUAGUGAUGAAGAAUCAGCAAACCACUAUUGGAAUGCGACUAUCAUGUCACCAGCAUUACUGGGGCCAGUGUAUUCUCAAGCAAGAAUGCAGUCAUCUAUCCUCAAUCAACCUCUGCCGCCUUCUACACAAAUGCCACCUGAAGAACGAACAUACAUGAGGCCUUUGGAAAUGCUUUGGAAUCUUCACAAUGACAUGCCAACAGCUGGUGCAUCUGCAUUAACAUUUUCCAGCUACUGUUACAGAAGACCCAUCAGCUCAGUUGUGGUCAGUCCAGAUACUGACAGAAAGCCUUUGUCACAGCCAUCUCUUCAUUUUCCAAUUGCAAACCAGCCACCACAAUCUCAGUGCUAUGUAUCAACAGGAGGAAGUCAUAAAUUUGUUGAAUCGCCACCAAAUUUUCGACAAAAUGACCAGAUAUCCUAUCCACUGAUCUACAACUAUCUUGCUUCCACCGAAGAGCAGCUUUAUCAGAACCAUCUGCAUCAACUGAAUCAACAGUAUCAGUCAUAUCAUUCACAACAAAAUCUUCAUGUGCAAUUACCUGUGGCUGAUGCUUCAACUCCACCACCACCUCCACCUUCACUGCCACCACUCGCAGCCACUGGAGAGCAGCAGUGGAAUGUUCAAGGCAAUGAGAAAGUUGGUCAGUGGACACCGCCAGAUACUACAAGCGCACCAUUAGAGCAAGACAUGCCACAAUUAAUGGGUGACCUUACACUGGCACUUAUGAACACCGUUCCUUCAGAGCUACCAACAACAUCAAAUGAUACUAUUACGCCUCCUGCUGAGAAAUUGUCUGCAUCUCAACCUUCUUGCAUUCCUGCUGUUGCCACAUGUACCACACAAGCAGUGGAAGGUACAAAAGGGAAGAAUCGGGGGAGAACAGCUCCAUUGUCAGUAGCUAGCGGAGCAGAGGAUGCUAGAUCUACUUUUCAGGAAGAUUCGCUUCACUGUGUGAGCUGUCCACAGCAAGAAUGCAACUGGACUGGGAGGCUUCGUAGUUUAGCAUCUCAUCUUCGCCAACGACACGCAGAGGCCAUCAUGUCAGCUACAGAGACAAGCCACACAGUGACUGUAGCUGAACUGCAAGCUCAGCAGCAUGUAUAUUUCCUACAGGAGGCUGGGCGCCGUCUUUUCAUUGUGGCAGCACAUUUCCACGGAGUAAUCAUGUAUAUCACUGUACAGUCAAUUCCAUCUGGCCGCGCAGGUGUAGCCAGAGGAGCCUUAGAAGUUGUGGCCAGUGAUGGCAAACCUCGAUCGUGGAGGGGCAGAAUUAGAGGAUACCAUGAACCCUUAUCUUUGCUGUGGGCUCGUAAACAUUGCCUCACUGUUGAUCCUGCUGCACUUGGAUCGUCAUCCUCCAUCACACUGUAUUGUUCAAUUUCACUUCAUGCCCCUAUGGUGUUGCCAGUUACACAUAAAAACAUGGAACAAGAAGAUGAUGACACCUUCGCACAACAGCAGAAUCUCAAUAAGAAGCAACAAGAAACAGCAAAGGAAAGGAAAUAGUAACAACAAUAGCAAACUGACACUAUCCUGGGUGCUGGUUGCCUUUUGAAUGUUCUUGGUAUCUUUAUGCACGACUGCAGUCAUAAUCCUGGUGUACUGCAAUAUUAUUUUAUACUGGGUACCAGACAAGCAAAAUCACAGGAAGUUGUUGUCCUGACACUGAAGUUCAUUAGCUCAUUUGUUGCAAACAGCUUAUUUCCUGAGGCUAAAGUGUCUCGUGAACAAAGAGAAUUAGUUCUCUUGUUUGAACGCAUCAGUCAUGUUAUAUUUUUGCUAACAAUUCCAUAACAGCAUAAUUUGUCAUGUAGUGUUUAUAUUGUCUCAGUUCAUUUACGAGUCUUUAAUCAUUGGUUGUUACACUUGUGUAAUAGCUAAAAUUAUCUAAUAGUAGGUCUUGACAUAUAAUUAUGUCUUAUUAAUAACUAUUAAAAAGCCAUUUUGCAGAUAAUUAUAUAGCCAAUAUUUUUGGACAAAUAUUUACUAAACAUUUCAUUUUGUCUUACUCUUGGUGAAAAUUAUUACUUAUUUUUGAUAAUGGUUGUUUCUAGGUCCCAUUUUCAAAGUAAUCAGACAAGUGAACAGGAAAUAUUUAUUUGCAGUAGAAACAAAUAAAACACACACACUUUACUCAGAUAAUUAUUAAAUAUGAAAAUCUACCAGAUUUGUUCAUCUGGAUAAGUAAGAAUUCAGUCUUCCUUUAGUUUUUGUAGCCAUUUAUGAGCUCUGAUCUGUUGUGUUAUUUGCAUAAAUUUGCUU